GGCCACGUGGCACAGAGUGACUGAGCCUGGAUUCAAACCCAGGUCUCCAACCGACCUUCUGGAGGCUCCCCCUUUCCCUGGAUUGGCAGCUAGUGGGAACCCCAUCACAAGCCCAUCCCCAGCGAGUGUUUGUGAGAGUGGCUUCGGGGCAGGGGCCCGGCAGAGGCAAGGCCAUGUGGCUGCUGGCCAGGGUUUCUGCUGUGCGUGCCGGGCUCACAAUGGAAAGUGCUGCCCUCCGCAGGAACCCAGCAGGGCCGGGGCUCCGAGGCCCCCCCGACUCUCUGCCCGGGGCCUGCUGAGCCAGCUGCCGCUUUGUGCCACAGAAGACAGGAUCUGGUGUCUGCCAGACUAUAAAAUGGGGGGUCGGCCCCUGGUCACCCACUGCACCAAGCCUGCCCGCCUGCCUGUCCUCCAGCAGCAAAUAGCAGGGCUCCAGGCGGCAACCAUGUCUCAGCCCGCGGCCAAGGCCUCGGCCACCGCCGCCGUGAACCCAGGGCCCGACGGGAAGGGGAAGGCGGCCCCGCCCCCAGGCCCCGCCCCGGGCUCCGGCCCCGCCCCGGCCCCCGCCCAGCCGGCGCCCGCGGCCAAAGGGGACCUGCCUCCCGGCAACUACAAGCUGGUGGUCUUUGAGCAGGAGAACUUCCAGGGCCGGCGGGUGGAAUUCUCCGGGGAGUGCUUGAACCUGGGAGACCGUGGCUUCGAACGAGUGCGCAGCCUCAUUGUCGCCUCUGGACCCUGGGUCGCCUUUGAGCAGUCCAACUUCCGGGGGGAGAUGUUCGUCCUGGAGAAAGGCGAGUACCCGCGCUGGGACACGUGGUCCAGCAGCUACCGCAGCGACCGGCUCAUGUCCUUCCGGCCCGUCCGGAUGGACGCCCAGGAGCACAAGCUCUGCCUGUUUGAAGGGGCCAACUUCAAGGGCAACACCAUGGAGAUCCAGGAGGAUGAUGUGCCCAGCCUUUGGGUUUACGGCUUCUGUGACCGCGUGGGCAGUGUGAAGGUCUCCAGCGGAACCUGGGUCGGCUACCAGUAUCCCGGCUACCGUGGGUACCAGUACCUCCUGGAGCCUGGCGACUUCCGGCACUGGAACGAGUGGGGGGCCUUCCAGCCACAGAUGCAGGCCGUGCGCCGCCUACGUGACCGGCAGUGGCAUCGCGAAGGCUGCUUCCCCGUCCUGGCCGCCGAGCCGCCCAAGUGAGUCCACGCUCCGCUCGUGCGGCCCGCCCUGCUGCAGGCUCAUCAUCCCCACCUUCCCCAUGCAAAUAAAAAUUCCUGAAGCCAAGCUGUCUCCUGGGUCUAU